AAACACUUCCUUAGUCUUUGGUCACGUGAUUAAACUAUGGCUUUCUUCCUGUGUUGAUGGAGGCGCACCGUUGACAUGAAAACAUAAUUGUAACGUCUGUGGUUUAUAUGCUAUUGGAAGUAUUCUAGAGCUACGAUGCAGAAGAUCAAAUCUCUUAUGGCCCGGCAGGGCCUGAAAAGCCCCCAGGAGAGCAUGGCCGAUAUCAGCCCCGUGGAGAACCUGAGGAUCCCAAGCAAGGAGGAAUUGCGGGAGCUCAGGGAGCAGCCCAUUGACCCUCAAGCCGAGCAGGAGAUCAUUGACAGCAUCGAGGAUGUCUACUUCUCCAACGACUCUUUUGAUAUGGUGCAGCACGAACUGGAGAAGCUCCCAGCUGAGCUGAACCUGUUGGAGUUGGAAGAGUACAGAAACAGAUUGAAGAGACAACAGGCAGCAGUUUCUAAAAAGGUUGCUGAUCUCAUUUUGGAAAAACAGCCGUCUUACGUCAAGGAGCUGGAGAGAGUGACUGCGUUGCAGACCAACCUGCAGCUGGCAGCUGUCAUUUGCACGAAUGCAAGAAGACAACUGGGCGUAGCAAAGGAGGGAUUCACAGAAGCAAGCUUGGGCUUACUAGCCAAUCAGAGAAGACGUCAACUCCUAACAGGCCUGCUCAAGUCUCUUCGGACCAUUAAGACGCUGCAAAGAACAGAUGUGCGACUCAGCGAGAUGCUGGAGGAGGAAGAUUAUCCUGGUGCUAUCCAGCUCUGCCUGGAAUGCCAGAAGGCUGCCAGCACAUUCAAACACUAUAGCUGUAUCAGUGAAUUGAAUUCCAAACUGCAAGAUACUCUAGAGCAAAUAGAGGAGCAGCUUGACGUUGCCCUGUCAAAGACUUGCAAGCACUUUGAUGUUGCACACUAUACCAAGGUCCAGCUGGCCUACACACUCCUGGGGAAAACACAGACUGCUAUGGACCAGCUGCACAUGCACUUCACCCAAGCCAUCCACAACACUGUGUUCCAAGUGGUGCUGGGAUAUGUCGAGCUCUGUGCUGGCAAUGCUGAUACCAAGUUCCAGAAAAUGCAAUAUAAGGACCUUUGUACGCAUAUCACUCUGGACAGCUACAUUCCGUGUCUGACUGACCUGUGCAAAGCAUUGUGGGAGGUGAUGCUGAGCUACCACCGCACAAUGCAGUGGCACGAGGAGCACGACAAGCAGGCAACCACACCAACACCAGAUGAUGCGGCGGCAGCAGAGUCUGACGAGUUGGUGGUGGACCGCAGCUAUGUGAAGAAGAAGCUGGAGCAUGGCCUCACAAGGAUCUGGCAGGAUGUCCAGUUAAAGGUGAAGGCCUAUAUCCUGGGGACUGACAUGUCCAACUUCAAAUAUGAUGACUUCAUAGUAGUAUUGGAUGUCAUCAGCAGGUUAAUGCAAGUUGGUGAAGAAUUCUGCGGCAGUAAGUCGGAGGUUCUGCAGGAGUCAAUUAGGCGCCAGAGUGUGAACUACUUUAAAAACUACCACAGGGCACGACUAGAGGAGCUGCGAAUGUUCCUGGAAAAUGAAACAUGGGAACUUUGCCCUGUCAAAUCGAACUUUAACAUCUCACAGCUUCACGAGUUUAAGUUCAUGGACCAGUGUCGCUCUCCUUCGGUCUCCCCAAGCCGACAGGGCACAUCCAUCCUGGGGGAGCUGUCACUGUUCCAGCAAUACCUGCAAGAGGGAAACCCCUUUGAAAUGCACAUUGAACACAAAGAGGAGGAAACAGAGGAUGUGCUGGCUUCCAAUGGGUACGAGUCUGACGAGCUGGAGAAGAGCGCUUAUCAGGAUUACGACAGCGACAGCGACGUCCCCGAGGAGCUCAAACAGGACUUCAUUGACGAGCAGACAGGCGAUGUCCCCCUCAAGAGUGUGUCUCGGGAGACUAUAAGAAGCAAGAAGAGGUCAGAUUACAGCUUGAAUAAGAGUAACGCCCCGAUUCUUACCAACACCACCCUCAACGUCAUCCGGCUUGUCGGAAAGUACAUGCAGAUGAUGAGCAUCCUGAAGCCGAUCGCCUUUGAUGUCAUCCACUGUGUGUCACAGCUCUUUGACUACUACCUCUACGCGGUUUACGCCUUCUUUGGACGAAAUGACAUGCCUGUCCCGAGCCCGUCUAUGCCAACUCAUGGUGGCAGAGAGUCGGGUACUGCCCGCGUUGUGGGCCCUGCUUGUUUGUAUGAGUCAUCGGGUCUGGGCCUUAUCAGCAGCAGACUGAGAACCACACUGAACCGGAUCCAGGAGAGCCUCAUUGACAUGGAGGCAGGCAGUGAAAAUGCCAGCAUGCACGCUCCCACGGAGGAAAGGAAGGAGAAGGUGCCGAGCCCCCACCUCAGCCAAAUGGUGGUCCUCACCAACAGUGGCACUCUUUACGGACUAGCACAGAGAGUGGUCGCCACAGAGUCUCUUGUGUUUUUAGCUGAGCAGUUUGAGUCGCUCCAAUCCCAUUUGGACACGAUGAUGCCCGCUGCCAAAAAGCCCUUUCUGCAGCAGUUCUAUUCCCAGACCGUGUCUACAGCCAGUGAACUGCGGAAGCCGAUAUACUGGAUCGUGGCAGCCAAAGCCAUCGACUACGAGCAGAUGUUGCUCUUGAUGUCCGGCGUUAAGUGGGAUAUUAGAGAGAUCAUGUCCCAGCAUAACAUAUAUGUGGAUGUCCUGUUAAAGGAAUUUGAGAUGUUUAACAAGCGGCUUGGCGACGUCUCCAGACACGUGCGCAUCCCACUGCCUGUGUCCAAUGUCCUGUGGGAGCACUGCAUCCGCUUGGCCAACAGGACUCUUGUAGAAGGCUAUGCUAACGUGAAGAAAUGCAGCAACGAGGGUCGAGCCCUGAUGCAGCUGGACUUCCAGCAGUUCCUGAUGAAGUUGGAGAAGCUCACAGACCUGAGGCCCAUUCCUGAUAAGGAGUUUGUGGAGACCUACAUCAAGGCCUACUACCUGACUGAGAAUGAUAUGGAGCAGUUCAUCAAGAAUCACAGGGAGUACUCCAUGAAGCAGCUCGCAAACCUGGUGAACGUUUGUCUGGGCUCCCACAUAAACAAGAAGGCCCGCCAGAAACUCCUGGCAGCCAUUGAUGACAUUGACAGACCCAAGAGAUAGACUGCAUCUUAAUGCAGCAAGCAGCUUAAAGACAUGGGACAGUCAUCAUAGAAUGUCAAAUACAUACAGGUAUAUAUAAAUAUAUACAUGCAGUAUAUAUUAGUCCAUACAGUAGCACAUACAGUAAAACUUCUGCUGUAUAGAAGUCAAACUCCUGAUUGUAACCAAAUGCUUUCUUUGGAUGGAAUAACAAAGUACUCACACUCUAGUACUCACACCUAAAGUGCAGCGCGUUUAGGUAGUGUGAGUGCUCUCAUCCAUACUCACAUUCAGCACACUUCUCUCCUUUUGGUAUGAUUGGAAGAUGCACGAUUCCAUGCACAAGAAGUCAUAGCAUUACUGUAAUUCUUAAUGAUAUGACACGUUUCAUAAUGGAAAUAAAAUACAAACACUCAAAAUAAUCCAACCCAUGGCACGCUCACUCAUCAGCAACUACAUUCAUGUGUGUAAUUAAGAUGUGUCAUUUAAUUAAUGUGAUUGCCCCUCUCCCAAGUCAUGAAUGAAAACCGCCACCUUUCACAACAGAAAUCCGGAAAUCUCAAAAUAAGACUGGAAAUAAUCCACAAAGUCAGCAGUAGAGCAGUAUAGAAGUGAUGGGGUAAGCAAAUGGUAUGAAUGGCCCUCUUGCAUGUUAUUAAUUACAACCACCACCUUGCACAGUAAGACAAAGAAAAUCUCACAGCAAGACUAGAAAUAAUCCACAGUUAGUAAUAGAGCCAUAUUGAAAUGAUGGGACAAGCAAAUGGUAUGAAUGUCCCUCCUGCAAGUUAUUCAUGACAACUGCCACCUUGCACAAUAGAAAUCUGAAAAUCUCAAAACUAGAAAUAAUCCACAAAGUCAGUAAUAGAGCAGUAUAGAAGUGAUGGGACAAGCAAAUGGUAUGAAUGGCCCUCUUGCAUGUUAUUAAUUACAACCGCCACCUUGCACAGUAAGACUAAGAAAAUCUCACAAUAAAACUAGAAAUAAUCCACAAAGUCAGUAACAGAGCAGUUUCAAAGUGGUGGGACAAGCAAAUGGUAUGAAUGUCCCUCUUGCAAGUUAUUAAGAACAACUGCCACCUUGCACAAUAGAAAUAAGUAAAUCCCUGAGUAAGUCUGAAAAUAAUCUACAAAGUCAGUAAUACAGCCGUACAAAAGUGUUGGGACAAGCAAAUGGUCUGAAUGGCCUAGCGGGAAUACGCCCUAAUCCUCGUAUAUGCACCAUGAUGCUCAUUAUCAUGUGUGUUCCCAAGAAUGAAAAGUGUAAAAUAAAGCAGCAUCCAUCACUUUGUACCAAAUGUGAUUCAUUUAGCUUUGAAAAAAACCUGUAGCACAUCAACGCACUGAGUGUUUGUCCCCAAUGGUUUGACAUUCUAAUUCACUUUAACCAUGUAUUAGCAGACGCUGCAUAGUGACACACUUCAGGGUAUUUGUGCCUGAACGGUUCCUGCUCGUUUUGCUUUUGCGUGUUUUGUGGAAGGAUCUUUAAUAUAAUUCAUUGAGCAAAAUCUUUAGAUUGUACGUGCAGCACCUGAACAUUGUUGUGACGAUGUGGGGAUGACAUGCCGUCCAAGGGGUGUGAUUGUGACUUUACAAGAAGAAGAAUACUGUAAAUGUGAAUGUUUUGAACAAUGUAUUUAUUUGUAGCUCUGUGUCUUGUUGGAGUGUUAGUCAUUAUCAUGUAAUUCCUCUCAUGAAAAUACUUGUAAUCAUCAUCAGUGCUGUAAUUAGAGCUGAAUCCUAACAAAUAAACACAAUAAUA